AUGCCCAAGACCCCAGCACCCGUCCCCGAGAAUGACCUGGUGGGCAUCAUGGGGGGCCACAGCGCGUCUCAGGGGAAGUGGCCGUGGCAGGUCAGCCUGAGGGUCUACAGCUACUGCUGGGCCUCCUGGGUGCACAUCUGCGGGGGCUCCCUUGCCGCCCACUGCAUUUUCCGGAAGGACACCAACCCAUCCACCUACCGGAUCCACGCCGGGGACGCGUAUCUCUAUGGGGGCCGGGGGCUGCUGAAUGUCAGCCGGAUCAUUGUCCGCCCCAACUAUGCUUCUGCCCACCUCGGAUUCGACCUGGCCGCGCUGACCCACGUGGGCGCAGCAAGCAAUGUUCAGCCAGUCACCCUGCCGCCCGAGGCCCUGAACUUCACCCCGGAGGACAAGUGCUGGCUGACCGGCUGGGGCAGGACGUCCUACUACGCGCCACUACACCCACCCUACUGCCUGCAGCAGGUGCACAUCGCACUGGAAGACCACGAGGCCUGUGAGAAGGGCUACAAGGAGUACCUGCAGGCCAGCGCCAACGGGAAGGUCAUCCUGGAAGACAUGCUGUGUGCCGGCAGCCUGGGCCGGGGCCCUGCAUGGGAAGACGUGGACUCCGGAGGGCCCCUGGUCUGCAGGAAAGGAGGCUCCUGGGUCCAGGUGGGCGUGAUCAGCUGGGGGAUCGGCUGCUCCACGAUCCAGCUGCCAGCCGUCUUCACAAGCGUCCAGAGCCAUGUCGCCUGGAUCUGCCGGGAAAUCAGGAAGUGUGGGUGA